CUCCUCGACGAAGAUGGUGCAAUUUCGGAAUCAUUCGAAAAUUGCUUGAAGCAUAUCUUUACAAAAUACUGCAAUCCAAAAUCCACGUUACCCUUUUCAGGAGAAUUACCGCCAAAUGCAUAUUUGGACUCUGCCGGACUCGACUCUUGGGCUUCAGAUACUAACGGUGAACCAUUCUCUGAGGAUACGAAGGAAGAAAUCCUCCAAUUCAUGGAUGUAACCGAUGAAGGCAAUCUAACGUUCAAAGGUUUCUUGCAAGUCUAUCAACUGCAAACGGAGAAUGACGAGGAGGAAACUUGGAGAGAUCUCUCGAAACAUGGCUAUGAUCGUUCGUUAGCGUUCGUUGGAAAGGAUAGA